AAAGUUGUUUUGCUGCUGCUGGUUUACUUUUGUUGAGUUUGAUGACGAAAUAUUUCUUGUUAGAAGAGCCGCUAAGUUUAAUUUAAUUUAGUGUUAGAAGUCAAAACUAGUUUAUCGGACGCGUGUUUUAUAAUAAUUUUGGUGGUUCAAUUGCGUUAGAAUGUCGAAAUGGUGGAACUUAGUGCUUGGGAUAGCUUUGUUUUCUUUGCUAUUUCUCGCGAUCCCUCUUAAUUACAACGCGAAGCGGACUAAAGAGCAAAUGAAGCCAAUGUUCGAUGAUUACAUUCAGAAGUUCAACAAAAGUUAUAAAAACAAUCCGGACGAGUACGCGUUGAGAUUCGAGCAUUUCAUGGUUUCAAUGAGUGAGAUUGAUCGUUUGAACUCUGAGACGAGAGGGCCGGAUCACCUUCGAGCGCGUUAUGGACCAACUAAACUAUCAGAUAUGUCUGCUGCGGAGUACAAAGACCUGCAUUUGUCAGAUGAAAAACUGACGAAGGCGCCAGCUAUGUAUGGCAAGGGCUGGGGCACCAGCAAUAAAAGGGACAAGUACAGAACAGACAAUAGGCAUGAUUAUGACAACAUAGAUGUUAUUAUUAGGAAAAGGAGAGCUAUAUUUCCCAUGCAGGUUGAUUGGCGAACAAAAGGCGUGAUCGGUCCGAUAAGGAACCAGGGACUCUGCGGCGCGUGUUGGGCUUUCAGUACCAUAGGUACCAUGGAAUCCAUGGCUGCCAUCACCACUGGGAAGCUGCAGCCUUUGAGCGUCCAGGAAGUGAUCGACUGUGCCUCGCUAGGCAACGCAGGUUGCGCGGGAGGCGACAUCUGCCUCCUGUUGGACUGGCUGACUCUGACCAAGACGCCGGUCGUGAGGGACUCAGAGUACCCUCUCAUGCUCAUGAAUGGAGUCUGCAAGGCCAAGAAGAACGCUACUGGAGUGCGGGUGUCUACGUUCACUUGUGACGAUUUCGUGGGAGCCGAGCAGAAGAUCUUAGAGGCGCUGGCGACCCACGGGCCGGUGGCGGUAGCUGUGAACGCAUUGUCCUGGCAAAACUACCUGGACGGCGUCAUACAGUACCACUGCAGCGGUGACCCAGCAGACCUGAACCAUGCAGUACAACUGGUCGGCUACGACUUAUCAGCGGAUAUCCCUUACUACAUCGCCAAGAACUCUUGGGGCUCAGACUUUGGAUUAGGCGGGUACCUACACUUGGCCAUCGGCAGCAAUAUCUGCGGGCUCGCAAAUGAGGUUGCCACAGUCAACGUUAAUUCACUUAAAGAAAUAUCCCGGCUUAACGCAGCUCACGGAAGCAAAGUUUUCGGCCUGAACAAGUUCUCGGACAUGUCCCGGCAAGAUUUUGGCCGAAAGAUGUUGAGUCCGACUGUACAUCUAUAUGAAUGCCAGCCGUUGAAGUUUGCCACAUGUCCCCCUAAGUUUAAUACCUGGUAUUCUGGAUUCCGUAGAAGAAAUGGGACAAAGCACAAAGAAUAUCCUAAACCAAAGGUUGAUUGGCGCAAAAGAGGGGUUGUGACAAGAAUUCUGAACCAGAAACUGUGCAAUUCAUGCUGGGCCAUGAGCUUGGUGGGCGUCAUGGAGUCAAGGGGCGCUAUUAAAUAUAAGUCGCUAGACCGACUUAGCUCACAGGAGUUGAUUGACUGUUCCGUUUUUAACUAUGGAUGCGGGGGCGGUGACUUUCAUGGCGCUCUAAGAUUCCUCUGCGGUUUAUACAGCGUCCCGUUUCCUAUUGUGUCUGAGGACGACUACCCUCUAAUGUUGGUCGACCAGAAGUGCAAGAUAUCCGACGAAAAACACGUGACUGGGAUGACGUUAACGAACUUCGUUAAUGCCUGUGACAUGGAUGAAGAAGCGAUGCUAAGGGAGAUAUCGGCCAACGGACCGAUAGCCGUGACAGUCAACGCGUAUAAUUGGCAGUUCUACACCGGUGGCGUCAUACAAAGGGAGUGCCCGGGCGAGUGGCGCUACCUUCACCACACGGUCCAACUCGUCGGGUACGAUCUGACAGCAGAGGUUCCGUACUACAUCGCCCGUAACUCCUGGGGUGAUGACUACGGCGAAGAUGGUUACCUCAGGCUGGCCGUACACCGCGAUAUUUGCGGAGUGACCAAGAACGUAGCCUACUUUGACGUAGCACGUAAAUAAUUAAUUAAAUAGGCGAUAAAGGCACACAUCAUUUCACGAUGCGAGAUCGUAUCGUGGGAAUCUACGACGAGCGAGCGACACGACAUCGACUACUUUAAAUUACUCUCGUUAAUUAAAAAAAUAAAUAAAUAAUAAUAAAUAUCAGCACGAGGAAAACACGUCUAGUGCGGUUCAUUUUUCGAGAUUACACGACCAAAUGCGAUGUCGCAUCGUGCGUGAUACGAUGCCGCGUCGUAGCAUACCUAGUCGUUACUAAGUAUUGAUGCCGC